GUCGUCGAGUUGAAUUUGAUAGCGAGAGAAAGGAAGAGAGGAGUUGAAAGGGGGAAUCUGGGGACGAAUUUGUCGGAGGGACAUGGCUCAAGAGACGAACCAGACACAAGUGCCCCUGCUCUGUGUCACGGGAUGCGGCUUUUAUGGCAACCCUCGUACCAACGGAAUGUGUUCAGUCUGCUAUAAGGACUCCCUACAGAGACAGAAUAGCAAUGGGAGAGUCACCCCUCCAGCAUCCUCCAAUGUCAGCAGCAUAGGAGAGUCUCUACCCACCCAGUGCACUGAGAGCAGCCCUGUGGAGGCACCGUCAGCGUCAUCCCAAACGACCACGCAGCUGGAACAGUGCAGUGUGGUCUCCAGCCAGACUCUGUUAAAGCAAGCGUCACGAAAACAUUGUGAAGAGGAAGAUUCAACGGGGGACAAAGUAGGAGUGAAAACAGGCGAAUUGCAGGCUGCGGCGUCGAGCGACUCGGACAGGGCGUCGGUAGGUGGACAGGACCGGUCUCCUGACAAACCCAAACAGAAGAAGAACCGCUGCUUCUUGUGCCGUAAGAAAGUGGGCCUCACAGGCUUUGACUGCAGAUGUGGAAACGUGUUUUGUGGCAUGCAUCGAUACUCCGACAUUCACAGUUGCACCUUUGACUACAAGGCAGAUGCUGCUGAGAAAAUUAGAAAAGAAAACCCUGUAGUGGUUGGAGAAAAAAUCCAGAAGAUCUGAAGGGCACCAUUUUGAAGUUUUUUUUUUUUUUUUCUUUUCAGAAAUCAGUUUUGUUUCCUCAUUAUUUCCUUUAUUUUAAAUGGUUCCUGGGAAUUGUGAGGAAUGUACUCAUCAUAAAUCCUUAAAUCAUGCAUGGCACCUGGAAAUACAUCUUUGACAAUUAUUGAGCGUUUUCUUUGCAGACAUUUGAAUUCAUUCUUUAUUUUAAAUGUCGUGGUUAGUAAAAUUGAAGCGGACUAUAGGUUUUGUACGAAUUUAUGCCGUUAUUUUUUUUUCUUUUUUUCAUACAGGGCCUUCAUUGCAUUUAGGUGAGAUUAUUAGGGGGAUUUUCUGGUGUCUGAAAUUGCAUGUUGUACCCUUAAAUUUUUUCCUUCUUUGUACUGUAUGUAGUUUCUUCUAAUAAUUGAAUGUAUUCCUAGAAAUAUGGCUGAUUUUGUUCUGCAUUAACUGCAAAAAAGAGGGUUUCUAACGUACAUUGGCAUAUUUGUGUAUUUCCUCUUGUAACUUUUGUUUCAUAAUGUUUGUCAUAAUGAAUCCUUUUGGAAUGUAUGAAUUUGCAGUAUAAAAGUUUGUAUGUAUGUUGUUUCUGAAUGAAGUAUAAUAGCCAGUGUGAGUGUAGUCUUCUGAGUGGGCAAGAAAAGCUUGUAUGCACUUCUUUGCUGCCUGUGACUUUCAGUGGGAGAGUAUUGUUCUUUUAUGAGAGUGUACAAAUGAAGUAUGACCUGAGAUAAUCGUGUUGUAUUUAUGUGACUUUAUUCACUGUCUUAAGUUUGGUCUUAAUAAAAUUAAAACC